AUGACCACGGAUUCCGGAUCUCAAAGUAAGCUUCGCUCCGAAGUCGAAGCUGACACCGAGUAUAAAAAUGAAUCUUCACUUGACCAAGAAGAACCAUCCACCACUAGCCCGGCCCCUGAAGGUGGUACCCGCGGCUGGCUUGUAGCCGGUGGAGGAGCCGCAAUAUUCUUCUGCACGCUGGGUUUUGCCAACUCCUUUGGCACCUUUGAAGAAUACUACCUGUCCCAUCAGAUGAAGGGCGAAUCAGCAUCAAAGGUCUCUUGGAUAGGGUCUCUGGCCAUGUUUCUUCAGUUUUUUGCCGGCAUGCUUGGUGGCCCGUUAUUUGAUCGAUACGGCGAAAAGGUGAUUCGACCGGCUUCGAUUUUCUACAUAUUUUCAAUGAUGAUGCUUAGCCUAUGCAAAACAUACUGGCAGGUAAUGCUAGUUCAAGGCGUCUUACAAGGACUCGUCAUGGGGCUACUGCAAUUCCCUGCAUUCGGUGCAGUGGCCCAAUAUUUCGAAAAGAACCGAGCUGGUGCAAUGGGCUUAGUCGUAUCCGGCUCGUCCAUCGGCGGGAUAAUUAUUCCAAUUGCAUUGUCCAAGAUGCUAAAUGAUUCAUCCCUCGGCUUCGGAUGGUCAAUUAGGGUCAUCGGCUUUCUCAUCCUGCCGCUCAUGGCGUUUGCGUCAGUUGCCAUAAAAGCAAGACUACCACCCCGAAAAACACAAUUCUGGCUCAUGUCGGCAUACAAGGAACCAAGAUUCGUGGUGUUAAUCAUUGCAUUUUUCUUCAUGUUUUUUGGCAUGUUGACCCCGUUCUUUUACUUGCCUUCGUACGCAGUCUCACAGGGUAUGCAACCAUCAUUGGCUGGCUAUCUGCUUUCUAUUGUCAAUGCUGCAUCUACUUUUGGACGAAUCGUUCCUGGGGUGCUAGCAGAUAAGUAUGGUCGGCUGAAUAUGUUUGGUAUCGGCGGGCUAGUCACCGGUAUGAUGAUUUUCUGCUUGGAUAGCGUGAGCAGCAAUGCUGGCUUCAUCAUAUAUGCAGUAUUUAUCGGGUUUUCAUCGGGAACUAUCAUCUCUGGUGGAUCUGCUGCUCUCUCAGUCUUGCCUGAUGAUACUCGCAAUGUUGGCACUUACAUGGGCAUGGGUAUGGCUAUUGCUGGAUUGGGUGGCCUCAUCGGUCCUCCAGUGAAUGGUGCAAUGGUCCAUAGGUAUGGAGGAUACUUUGAGGUUGCGAUGCUUUCUGGCGCAAUGUGUGUUUUUGGAGGAUUCGUUGUUCUUUCAUCGAAGCUUUUGACGAAGGAAGGUCUCUGCGGUAGGGUGUAA